AUGUUCUUCGAUGCAGCAGCAAACUUUAAAGGAGUCAAAAUUCGAGCAGUCCUAGUUUCAGAAACAGGUCAACAUUAUCCGAUCUCGGCAAAGAUUAGGUUGCCUUGCACGAAUAAUAUAGCAAAAUAUGUGGUUUGGAUUCUUGGACUUAGGAUGGAAGUAGACAUGGACCUCAAAGAGCUUUUCGUGAUAGGAGAUUCAGAUUUGUUGAUCCAUCAGGUGCAGCGAGAAUUGACCACCAAGAAUGUCAAAAUUCUUCCUUAUGUGCAAUGUGUUAAGGAGUUAAUUAAAAGGUUCACGAAGAUUGAAUUCAUACACGUCUCUUGGAUUCAAAAUGAGUUUGCUGAUGCCUUGGUGACAACAUGUUCAAUGAUCCAGCAUCCCGAUAAGAAUUACAUCAAUCCCAUCGUAGUGGAAAUACAUGAUCAACAAACAUACUGUUUCCAUGUAGAUGAAGAGCCAGAUGGAAAGCCGUGGUACUAUGAUAUCAAGAGGUUACUCAAAGCAUGA